AACAACAAGUUUCUCAUUUGAAAUGCUUUGCUCAAGGGAAAACAUUCUCUGGUGAGAGCAGUCUGAUUGAUAUGAUGGAUGAUUUGGAUGGAUUGUCUCAUUUCAAAGACAUUCCAGAUUCUUUUGUUGGCAUUCCAGAAAGCAAAUAUCCCCUGGUUGUUACAUUCCGUAAGUUCUUGAUGAUGCUUGAUGGAACAUUGCAGACAUCAUAUUUUGACCGUUUCCAUGACACGAGGGUAACCACCGUGGAGACUUUCAUAAGAACGAAGGAGGUCAACUUUGACCGCUUUUGUUGCUUAUAUUGGCCUCGUUUCAACUCCCAGUUGAGAAACAGUCACGAUGCUGCAAGGGUGUUCACCGAAAUCAUUUCACACAUAAAAGGAGGACUACGAGUGUGUGGGCCCCACAAUGCUAAACUCAUCCGCGAGAAAUACGUCUCAAUGUCUGAGAAUAGGGCAUCAACUUUGAAUGAGAAGAAGAGACAAGAAAUUUAUGAUAUCUUUCUUGAUUACGAAAAAAUGAAGAUGGAGCGGUGCGAAUUUGACUUGGUUGAUUUAGUGAAUGACCUCCAUAUUCGGUUGGCUGAGGAAAUUCUGGAGGGUGACAAAAUGGAUUUUGUAUACAUUGACGAAGUUCAAGAUCUUACCAUGAGACAGAUCUCACUGUUCAAAUAUAUUUGCCAUAAUGUUGAUGAAGGAUUUGUAUUUUCUGGGGAUACAGCCCAGACCAUUGCUAGGGGGAUAGAGUUUAGGUUCGAAGAUGUGCGGACUUUAUUCUAUGAAGAGUUUGUCAUGAAAGGUGGCCGACAUGCUACACGUAGAGAUAAAGGCCAUCUUGCUGCAGUUUCAUGUUUACUUCAGAACUUCCGCACACAUGCUGGCGUUCUUAAGCUUGCACAGAGUGUGAUCGAUAUACUUUCUCACUAUUUCCCUCUCUCCAUUGAUGCUUUGAAACCCGAGAGUAGUCUUAUAUAUGGUGAGGCCCCAGUGCUGCUCAGACAAGGAAGCCAUGAAAAUGCCAUUGUAACUAUCUUUGGGAACAGUGGGAGCGCCGUUAGUGGGAAGAUGGUAGGCUUUGGCGCCGAACAAGUGAUAUUAGUGCGUGAUGAGUCUGCCAAGCAGGAAGUAUCUCAUCUUGUUGGAAAACAAGCACUUAUUCUAACUAUAGUUGAAUGCAAAGGAUUGGAGUUUCAAGACGUGCUGCUUUACAACUUUUUUGGUACUUCACCACUGAGAAGUCAGUGGAGAGUAGUGUAUGAAUUUAUGAAAGACCAUGAUUUGCUCGACUCAAGAUUUUCACAGAGCUUCCCAUGUUUUACUGAAGCGAGGCACGCAAUCAUGUGUUCUGAACUGAAGCAGCUAUAUGUCGCUGUAACUCGGACAAGGCAACGACUAUGGAUCUGUGAACGUGUUGAGGAGCUUUCAAAACCCAUGUUUGAUUACUGGAUGAAAUUGGGGCUUGUGGAAGUAAGGGAUGUUGAUGAAUCUCUUGCACAAGCUAUGCGCUUGGCAAGCACCCCCGAGCAAUGGAAAUCUCGCGGACUAAAACUUCUUUGGGAGAAAAAUUAUGAAAUGGCUAUCAUGUGUUUUGAAAGAGCAGGAGAAAGGACGCUUGAGAAGCAAGCUAAAGCUUCCAGCAUCCGGGAAACUGCUUACCGGAUGCAAGAUUCAAAUCCCAAGGCCUCUAACUUUAAUCUUAGGGAAGCUGCUGAAAUAUUUGAGUCGAUUGGGAGGUUCAAGUCUGCUGCUGAAUGUUUCUGUGACUUGAAGGAGUAUGAACAUGCAGGAACUAUGUACUUGAAGAAAUGUGGUGAACGUGAGCAGAAAAAGGCUGCCGAGUGUUUUACAUUGGCAGGACGUUAUGAAACUGCCGCAGAAAUAUAUGCAAAGCAAAACUGUUUCUCAGAGUGUUUAUCAGUUUGCCGCAUCGGACACCUUUAUGACGUGGGAUUUCAAUAUGUAGAACAAUGGAAACAAAAUGCUGCUCAUCAUAAUGACAUGGAUGAAAGAGCAAAAGAAAUAGAUAGAAUUGAGCAGGAAUUUCUGGAAAGGUGUGCAUCUGAUUACUUAGAGAGCAACGAUAAGAGAUCGAUGAUGAAGUUCGUUAAAGCUUUUAAGUCAAUGGACGAUAAGAGGAGGUUCUUAAAGAAUCAGCAUUUUCUGGAUGACUUGUUACUUUUGGAAGAAGAAGCUGGAAAUUUUGUUGAAGCUGCCGAACUUGCUAUACUGAAAGGGGAUAUCCUACUAGAGGUGGAGCUUCUAAGCAAAGGUGGGAAUUUCAUCAAAGCAACCUCACAUAUCCUUUGGUAUGUAUUAUCCAACUCUUUGUGGGUUCUUGGAGGCAAGCCAUGGCCCCUAAAGUCUUUUGAGUCCAAGGAUGAACUAUUGAAGAAGGCCAUCUCAUUUGCAAGGAAUGAAUCUGAUCCUUUCUAUGAGUCUGUUUGUACUGAGGCAAAGGUGUUGGAGCACAACCAAAGCAAUAUGUGUGAAUUGAGGCGUGCUCUAAGUGCUUCUGAGAACUGUGGGAGUGUUACAUGUGAAAUUUUAUGUCUCAAGAAAAUUAUGGAUGCACACACUGAAGUCGGAGCAGCAAGUUAUUCAUGGGAAGAUGAGUUUCCGGUUGACUUGAAUUUCCCGGAUGAUACAAUGUUCUGUAACCAACUCUCUGUCGGAUCCCUCUGUCACUUUUGGAAUGUAUGGAAGAAAAAUGUAUUUGACAUUCUUGAAUCCCUCCGUUGUCUUCAGGUAACCCAAGAUUUUGGUAAACAUAGUGGCAUUGGUGAGUUCUGCUUGGCCUAUUUUGGUGUGAGGCGACAGUUCACUGAUACGAAAGCCAGCUAUGUCGUUUUAAAUCCUGAUGCUGAAUGGUUUACAAAGAAUGAAGUGGUCUCUGUAGGGGUCAAAGUUCUGGAAAUGCUGAAUUCCCUUUACGGUAGCAUUUCCAUGCAGUCAUUCUAUGUGCUUAGACAGACCAUGUGCCUUAUGAAUAUAUAUCGGAUCUCAAAGUUUCUUCUUGGGUCCAAGGAGUUAAACAACAGCAAGAAUUAUGAGGCGAAGCUACACAAAUUCUUCCAACAAUCGAUGGGGUACUUUGAUACUGUGUUUCCUAUUCAUUUCCGGAUAUCUAUAGAAGAAAAGAUGAUUUCUUUGCGAGGGACUGAUGUUUCCCAAUGUUUACUUGAAGAUUAUAUCAGCCGUGAUCAUAGUAGGAAAGGUGGACCUGCUACCCUUGGGCAAAUCGGGCGAUUUGUGAUGAUAUGGUUUGGCUCUGCCAAACCUGCAGAUCAACUGUGCAACAAGGUGAUGUCAAGAAUAAGAGGUGAUUCCGCAUGGAUGGCUUUCAUAGAGAGUCUAAGAAGCGAGAAAGAGCCAACGGAGUUGGUUCAUGGGUUCCUUCAAGCUUUGCUAGAUACAUAUCAAGUCUACUGGCGCAACAUGAAUGACUACAUUUCACCUCACUGCUUCUUAUAUCUCGUGGAGCGUUUCUUGAUUUUGGUUUUCUGCUCUAAUCCCACCUUUUACACAACCAAGUCCUCUUUAGUGGAGUGGCUGAUGCUUCAGAAACUAGAUGCCAUUGUCACUUACAGCUUCCCACCUCCAGAGCCUUACAUGUUGUACGACUCCAUUCUUCCCAUCCUGCAUGACCUCCUCUUCAAGAAUCUUGAGAGAGGUGCAUGGGUUGGGAAGUUUGGAGUUAAAUCUCGCGAGUAUCAUGAAUCGCUGGUUUUGAGGCUGGUGGUUAUUCUCUGCACAAUCUGCAUGAAUUAUGACUCUCUUGAACCCGUCAAUUUUCUCAACCACGUACUUAAUACCCAAUAUGUUUCGCGUGACCUUCCACUAGAGUUCACUCAAGUUUUUAGAAGAGGGGGGAAAGUAUAUGUAGACAAACAGAGAAUUGCUGUUGCUCUCCGAGCCAUAGGGAAUCCUGCUUUUCUUGUGUGCCUGAAUCAAGAUACUCCAAAAUCUGUGUGCCCCUACACUAUUCCGAUACAAAUCAACGUAAGUUCUUGUAGAGAGGACAUCAUGGAGAUGGUGUUCAGGAGGGAAAGAGUUGCCUCAGCUGGGCAAGAAGAAAAACAAGAUGCCAUUAAGAACUCAUGCUGUCUGCUUCCCCUGAGUGUAUAUCAUGGCAAGAGGAGUUCUGUGAUGGAAGAAUCUUCCCCGGACAUCAAAGCCCCCAUGCAAAAUCUAGAACCCAAAGGCGAGGUGGAGCGAAGCAGUUUGCCAAUGAAACGGGCUGUUUUGGAUGAAGCUUCUGACUUUGUGAAGUUAAAGGAGGACCUGGACGAAAAAAGGCAAUUUUACGCGAAGAACAAAAUUUGCAGUUAUGAUGGGGACGAGGAGGGAAAGAGGUGCGAGACGGUUGCAGAAGUGCAUGAGAGGUUGUCAAAGUUGAAGCCCAAAGUGGAAGGUUUCUUGGGCAGUGUCGUUGUGACCGAGGGCAGAGGCGUUGUGGAGUCUGAGAGUGAUAAACUGCCCGGAAAUGAAAAUGACACCAAAGACGAUGAUGAUGAUGAUGAUGACGAGGGUAAUGAUAAAGCGAUGGAUUCGGAGAAUGGGAAGAAGAAUCAGGGCAAGCAGCAGCAGCAGCAAGGGAAAAGGAAUACAUGCAAGAAAAACAAGGGAAAAGGAGGCCACAAAAAGAAGUGAUUUGUUGAGAGACAUCAAGGAUGAAUCCAUUUUUUGUUUGUAAAAAGUAUGUGAACGUAUUGGGGUUGGUCCU